UUACAUAGUCUUCCCGCCGGAUCCAUGCACUUGACCUAUACCGUCAUACUCCCCCGGCUACUAUUGAACCGACCACCUCGAUACCUCAUUAUUACCCUCCUGUUUUCUUCCUCAUCUGCCACUCUCAACAAUCAUAUCUCGAACGCGUCAUCCAGAACGAAUCAAACAAUCUUCCGACAGGCAAAUACUCUGGCCAAGCCCCAUUUAAAGAAAAUAACACCAGCAAUACAGUCUGUGGGGCCUCUAAACUACGCAAUCGCCGAUUCUUGCGGUCCUCGCGAUUCUUGGACUUCGUCCGGCUGCAUUGACCACCAUUCUACGCGCUAUCGAUAUCGUUGGACUUUUUUCGCAUGCGGCAGAACAAUGUCAACCUUGCCUUCUAUUGUCGACCCUUGUGGCCGUAGACGAUAGCGCAACCCUCGAUGAAUUGAGCGCCCAAUGUCAAAUCCCGCCGAAAGUCGCGCUUCGGCGCCCUCGGCGUCCUCGGCGUCACCACAGCCUUCUCCUGCUUCGUCUUCGACGCUCCAUUCUCGACGGUCACGCUCUCCAGCAUUAUAUCCGGACUCGCCAGGCUUGGAAAAUGGAUCUUUUGAAAGCCCCGGACCUGACAGUUCGCCGAGCAUAGGUAAUGAUGGUGCAAGUACGACAUGGGACAAUUCACCGCAGAGCUCUCCCCUCGGUGGCAGCAGUCGAACCAACGUUGCAAGCUCGAGACCACAUUCACAUGGUGGCUUCUUGCUUGACACAGCAUUGGCGCCUGGCAGACGGACGCGACCGUGGCCUCGAGAAGGGCGCUAUGACUUGUUAGACACGAAGGGCAAACGUCGCCGUUUGGGGGCCGACGACGGGAGGGCCAAAAUGCGCAAUCAGCCUCCACGACAUUUUCCAAGCUCGCCGUUAGCUACUCACAGUGCCAACGCUACGUCUGAUUAUGGGGGAACAGGAAAUGGGGGGGAUGAGGCUAGCUCACCAAUUGCCUCGCGGCACAAUUCUCCUCGUCAAAGGCUAAACAACAAUGGACCCAGUAUUCGCUUUCAAGAUGUGCGACAAAGAGACGAAGGCACCCCGUCGAUUGGCUUGAAUACAGAUCCGGCACAGAUUGUGAGCCUGGCGCUUAACCUGAGCGAAGGUCGUCGCAGAACUGCCAGUGCUGGCAGGCAACCAAGUAUAAGCAAUCGUCGCAUAUCUUCUAUCGGUCAGUCGCAACCACCUAUGGACCUACCAGGUUUCUCUUAUGCAGAGGGGCCCGGUGGAGCUCUGCGUGAACAUUUACGGCAACAACGUCGAAUAUCAUACAAUGUGCCUUCCACAGCACGCAAAAUCUCGACCGCGUUAGGUGUAGGAAGCCCUUUGGGUAGAGGUCCCACUGGUGACAUUGGUGGAUCAGGCGAGGUAGAUACCUUCUUGCUAGAUCCGAACUUUCGUUAUCAAUUUUCUGCGUCAACCCUGGCACGCGCCGAAAAGGCAAGAAAUUUCUUUGAGCUUGCCCAUGAAUAUCGCAGGCUGCUGCAGUGUCUCCCUCCUAUCAAACCCCAGCUCCCUCGUGGCUCGAAGGGCACGGGUUCUCCUAAUGCUCAAGAGUCACUGUCUCGGGCUACGACAAGAUCAAAUGACUGGCAUGAGUUGGGCAGAGAAUACAACCCUUUGCAAUGCAUCCGAAAUCGCAAAGUUCGCGCUCGCGAACGCAUGAGUGUCGACUUGGACGCGCAAGGAUGGACGGACCCUGACAAAGUUGCGGAUUGGGUCGAUGAGAUCGAGGCCGAGUCAGGCAAGGGCGAACUGGCUUAUGGCGAUGGUGCUCUGUUUCCGCCUUACGGGCCCGGUGGACCAGUUCAAAUUGGUCGAGAUGAGAAUGCACCUAGCCAGUCUGGCGUUCAUCGUCGUGGCGCCAGCACUCAUGUCAAGCCUCGUCGGCCCAGAAUGGAUUGGUCGAUCAAUCCUGCCGAGAACCUCGCUGAUGCGUUCUGGCUUGAGCAAGCUGGUCACCGCGCGCUGAUUGAAGACAAGGACGGAUUCAAGCUCUUCCCGGGUGCUUCAAGACCGAAACCCAUGUCCUCGCAUGCUCCAGCCUAUCCGCCAUAUAACCCAAGUCCUAACGAAGUAAACGCGUCGCCAGCCCACGAAAAGAUUGCGAUGCACCCCAUGAAUACUCAAUACGGAGAAGGCGGAAUUGAAUUCGUCCGUGAGCAGCUGCGUCUCGAGAAGCAGCUUCAGAACCAAUCUCGCGGUCGAAGCGCCGAGAGUGGCUCCCGUAAGCAUCGGUACCGGAGGCAAGCGCGCGAAAUCACUCCCUCUGUAAGUCCCUCGUCUUCUGAGUCAUCUGAUGAUGAAAAGGCUCGAGGGAUUCGUGGUCGACUCGGACGAGCACGUCGAAGCCGGGAUGAGAUUGAAAGUGAGGCAAUUGAAAAACGCAUGCUUCAGAUGUUGGAGAAGGACGCAAAGGAAACAGGGAUUGAGGAUUUUCUGGCUUCCCCAAGGUCCGGCAAAGGUCAAGGCACCGCCCUUCACAAUUCCAGUCAGCAGCACCUUCAACUCCCCAACAGUCAUCCAGACUCUGUAGUCGAACCGAACGGGUUGGAAUCGCGCAGGCAAUCUCAUACGACGCUCUCUAGUCAUGCCAGUACAAAUCAGAAUCAGAAUGGCGGAUCUGUCCAGUCCUUGCACGAUCCAGACGAAGUCGCCCCCCGGACAUCCUUUGCUGAAGGAUCCAUCCCGGACAUUGGUGUAAACGGCUCUGCGCCGGCUAGUCGCGCCGGGUCUCCGAUACGCAAACUUUUUUCAGCUGCAUCCAGCAAAGGCCGCAAAAUGGAGGGUUACCCUAUCAGCGAGAAUGAUUUUGCUAUGGAGGAGGGAGACGAUGAUGUUGACUUUCAAGACCCGACGGCCGUUGGCCCAACGAGAACACUCUCCCACCGGGAUAGUGCCGAACUUGGCCCACGUGAGAGCAUGGAUAGUUUAAGGCGAGGAAAGCGCUUGAAGAAGGAGAAAGAGAACGAUGCCAAGGGUCGUGGCUUCUUCAAAGGAGGUAAACUGGAGGCGCUGCUUAAACGUGAGGCGGCAAGGGUGGGGGAUAUAUUCUGGCGCAAAGAUGAGCCCAGCAAUGCGCCCAUUGAAUCAUCUCGAUCAAGCAUCGAAGCCGAUAUGUCGAAUACCGAGUCUGAUGCUUCGUUUCCUGUGGCAAAGAAACCGAGAACUAGGGACGGAGAUCAAAGGGGCAAGGAUGAUUCACCCUCGCUAUCCCGAAAAACUACGAUUGAACCCCCGCCUAAAUAUCAUAUGGACAAUCUUCCAACAUUCACGUCUCGGCGAGCUCCUCAGUCUUCCAUCCCAGAAAUUCGUACCCCGGUCGAGGAUCGACAGGCGGAGCGCAAUCAACUUGACCCCCAGAAACGCGACGAACCUGCGCAGCGUUCUACCCAGGAUAUUUCUCGCCAAUUGUCGCAGGAACCAGUAGGUUCUAAAACAGAUUUGGAGGAUUCCUCCCGCUUUACAAGUCGAACGGACCUUGAAAGGAUGGAAACUCCCCAGAACCUCACAGGCGGCGAUACUCUUAUUAAUGCCGCGCUGGGACUACCUGGCCGCGUUUUCCGGGCCUAUGGCCCGCCUGUAACAGGGCUGGCCAGCUUGGGAGUAACUCAAGACAAUAAGGCUUCACACCGUCCGAGACUGGAAGGAAUGCGCCAUUGGAGCAUCGCUGAUCGAGAAUUGCCUCCGGUCCAGACUGCUGUCACUCGGCAAGAAAUCGCGCGAGUGCGGGCACUUCUACUUUGUUCUGGAGUAAAAGCUAAGGAGAUUAACCGACGAGCAAAGGAAGUUCGCAGUCCAGAAGAUUCUCUUGUCAGUCUAGUAAAACAGCCAGUGCACGGUGUUCCCCGAGUGGACGAGCAUAUGGUAGCCGCACAUUUCAUCAGCAAGGAGUUUGAUGCCGGCGUCCAAAGAUUCCAUGAAGAUGUUAAGCGCCUUUCUGAUAGCCGAAUUGCAAAUUUACACGAGCGUCUUGCAGUCUUGCAGGAUCGUAUCGAGGGGAAACUUACUCCCAUUGUCCAAGGUCUGGCUGACGAGGCGGAUUAUCUCAACACCGAACUGACUACGACACGAACAUUAUCACUAAAGCAACUCAACGAUAGCCUUGGGUUUGUGAUUCGAAACCGGCGAGGAACGCUGCGAUGGGCUCGAAAGCUUGGCUUCUUAAUUCUCGAAUGGACAUUGCUCACGCUCAUGUGGUGCGUGUGGUUUAUUGUUGUGGUCGUACGAUGGGUACGAAAGAUUCUUCACGCUAUUAUGGCCGUCAUCCGCUGGUUGUUGUGGAUGUAAACCUAAUGCUUUGCUGCCUUCAAAUCCUUUUUGGCUCCUGUUUCCACGCUUCCACUGCCUUGUUUUGGAUUCGUUUCCUGUGCAUAAGCGGCCUCAUUUGCAUUUUCCAAAGCUGAUUUGCCUCAUUCACACGUUCUUUUGACGUGAAAGUAAUUUCUUGGUUUUGCGUGUUGGUUUACUCAAGCCCUGUUUCAUGUUGGUUUCUAGUACUGGAAUGAUACCAAGGAAUUCGGAUUAAAUUGUAUAGCACGGUGUAAAAUAUUUUUGAUCUUUAGAAUGGUUAAUCCACGGAGUUGUCUAUGAGGUAACGUUUCAUAAUCUGCUGC